AUGGGCUACUGGGGCGUAAUCUUGCUCAUGGGUACACUACAUCGUUUAUGGACUUCAUCGCGGCAUAUCUACAAAGGAAGUGGCAGUGGAAAUGUGGAGCGCAAGCGAGAACAGCAGUUACCAGACAAAGCUGGAAUAUGUGAUCGUCUUAGCCUUUAUUGGAAGGCUUACAUCACCGUCCCUGCAGCUCUCGGAUCGUAUCAUCAACGCCGAUUCCUGGGAUGUAGCAUCCCGAAUCGUCCGGAGAUUCUCGUGGUGGGGGGAUUUUGGAUCAUGUGUAUUAUCCUCAGCUUUGGGUUUCACGACAUCUUCAUUCCAAAUGCCACGAUGCCAACCAUUUCGCAGCAGGCAUGGAAGUACGUUGCUCAACGGACUAGCAUGUUCGCAUAUGCCUGUUUGCCAUGGGUGUGGUUAUUCGCUGGACGGAACAAUGUCUUCAUUUGGGCUACUGGUUGGUGUUUCAAUACUUUUAAUGUCUUCCACCGACACUUAAGUCGUCUCACAGCCAUAUUUGCUUUUGUGACCUAUGGAAAUACUUCCGUCCCCACUCUUUCGUGCAGCUUCCGGCUUGAGCACCCUAUAGAUUGA